AUGAGUUUGGCACCAAAAAUAGACGAACUUCGUAUUUUUUUGAACACCCACGAGUUUGAUCUUUGUUGUAUAACGGAGACAUGGCUGAAAGAUUCUAUUGAUGACAGCGUAGUUGACAUUAGUGGCUACAACAUCAUACGCAAAGAUAGGACCCACAAGCUACAUGGGGGUGUGGCUCUAUAUGUAAAAGAUUCCAUCAAAUUCUCAAUUCUACGGGACUAUGAGUUUCCUGACCCCGAGGGCCCUGAGGUUUUGUGGGCCAAAAUCACGCCCAACCGAUUGCCCCGGGGUUAUAGCUGCCUUAUCAUUGGUACAGUAUACCAUCCUCCACCGCCUGCCAAAGAUGAGCCCCUCCUUGAUUACAUGAUGGAUUCUCUCUCUAGGAUAGAGAGUGAUAUCCCUGGCGCAGGUAUAAUUCUCGCUGGCGACUGGAACAGGGCAAAUGUUUCACCAGUUAUUAAGCAGUUCCGCCUCACGCAAGUCGUCCAUUUUCCAACAAGAGGGGAUCGUACACUCGACAAAGUGCUAACUAAUCUUACAGAACACUACGAGAAACCUUCUCCAUUCCCGCCCUUCGGACUAUCCGAUCAUUGUACUGUUGGUUUGUUUCCAAAAAUUAGAUCGAAGGCCAAUAUUCCUGCAAACAGAACGGUUACUACACGUGCUGUUAACGCUGAGUCCAAACAGGCUUUUGGUCGUUAUAUGACGGGGGUCGACUGGUCAUUAAUCGACACUAUAGAUAGCGUCCAAGAACAGUAUGCUCACUUCAGUGACCUAAUUCACAUAGGGUUAGAUUCUAUCCUUCCCAAAAAGCGAGUUAAGUUCCACCGAAACGACGCACCAUGGAUUUCACCCAAACUCAAGGCACUUAUAGCACACCGUCAAAGAGCAUAUUACCAAGACAACAAACCAUUGUUCCACUACUACCGGAACAAAGUAAACAGGGAACGGAGGCUCUGCAAACGCUCUUAUUACAACACUAAAGUCAGCGUUUUGACCGAAAACAAUCCUAAAAUGUGGUGGUCCGAAUGUAGGCGGUUAUGUGGAAUGAACAAAACAUCUACAAGUGUCGCAAAUCAGCUCCUAGCAAGUAAACCAGCUACCUCAAUCAACCUUAAGAUCUUGGCUAAUGAAAUCAACACAGCUCUGCUAGAACCUCAAGCUUCGUUUGACCCACUUUUAGAUAAUAUCGAAACUGUGAGCACUGAGGGUUUUAAAACUCCCAUUAUUUCACUGGAAGCUACCUUCAAAUGCCUUAGUACGGUCAGCUCCUCCAAAGCUGGGGGCCCAGAUAAUAUCCCAAACUGGGUCUUGCGUGACUUCGCUCCUGAGCUCGCUCAACCUCUUCGUUGUAUCAUCAAUUCCUCGAUUAGUCAAGGGACUUUACCGGACAUUUGGAAAUGUGCAAACAUCACCCCUUUUCCCAAAACAAAGAUAGUUGAGGAUGCGGCGAAAGAUUUGAGACCUAUUUCACUGACACCAACGUUGUCCAAAAUUGCCGAGCACUACGUCGUCCAUGAACAUGUGAAACCAGCACUUCUGAAACGCCUGGAACCCGAUCAAUUUGGGUGUAUUCCAGGAUCCUCCACUGCGCAUGCAUUGAUAAACCUGAUGCACAAUUGGGCGCAAGCAACAGACGGAACGGGGAACACCGUGCGGAUCUUUGCAUUGGACUAUAGAAAAGCCUUCGAUCUGAUAGAUCACAGCCUCUUGCUAUCGAAACUCUCGACCUACAAUAUCAACCCUUACAUCAUUAAUUGGAUAAUAGCCUUUCUUAAAGAUAGGAAACAAAGGGUCAAACUUGCACAUGAUUGUCUCUCAGAGUGGGGAUCAGUCCGAGCAGGAGUACCGCAGGGAACAAAAUUGGGACCGUGGCUAUUCUUGGUUAUGAUAAAUGAUUUGAAAGUACCAUCAGCCAGUGAUUGUAUAAAAUAUGUAGAUGACACGACAGUGUAUGAAAUCAUAAGCAAGGGUGGUCCUAGCAAUGCUCAGCCUAUGAUAAACGAAGUAGCUACCUGGUCAACACUUAACUCGUUUCAACUUCAUCCAAAAAAAUGUAAUGAGCUAAGAGUUUCCUUCGUGCGCUCCCCUCCUUCCUACGAUCUCAUAGAAAUUAAUGGCUCUAAGGUUAGCGCCGUUAGUGUCGUGAAAUUACUGGGUGUGUAUUUUCAAGACAACCUCAAGUGGAACACUCACGUUACUGAGAUGAUUAAAAAGGCCGCUAAGCGCCUUUACUUUUUAACUCAGUUAAAGCGAGCUAAGGUACCAUCACCAGAAUUAGUGAAUUUUUAUGUUGCUUGCAUUCAAUCCGUCUUACUUUAUGGAUGUCAGGUCUACCAUUAUAGUCUCCCCGAUUAUUUGAGCUUAAGGUGGUAG